CGCUAGGGCCCCAGCCGCUACCCGCUGCGUCCUCGCCCCGGCCGCCGCGCACCGCACUCGCCAGCGCGCGCCCGGCUAGCCCCGCCUCCCGCGCCUCCGGAUCUUGCCAGGCGGCGUUCUCCGCCCCCCUCCUCCCCCCCCAAAUCCCGCGCCAUGUUCAACACCGGGAUCUUCGACAACUCGUCCGCGCCGCAGGACGCGCCGGCGGGCGACGCCUUCCUCAACGUGCCGCAGCCCAUCGACAUCACCUACCAGCGGCAGCCGUCCAUCUUCAACAGCCACCGGUUCCGGCGCGAGUCCAUAGCGCACUCGCAGGGCAUGGGCGGCGUGUCCUGGGGCUCCGUGACCAUCGGCUCGUGGCUCAAGGACGAGGUCAUGAUGCAGGGCGCCCACCAGCCGGCGGCGCACCACGCGAGCCUCAUCAACCCGCGCCGCGGCCUGUUCCGCUACGUCAACCCGGCGCACCCGCACCACCACAUGCUGAUGUCCCCGCCCAACACCACCAGCUACCUCCCCAAGUUGGAGGCCGACUACUGCAAGGACUACUCGUGCUGCGACCAGCUCCUCCCGACGUUGCACGACCUCCUCCGGCACUACGAGGAGGCCCACAUAUCCAGCUCCCCGCCGGCGGACCCCAGCGCCCACUUGCUCACCUCCCAUCACAGCCGCAACAACAUGAACAGCAUCCACAACGUGAUGGAAACCGUCUCCACCAACGACGUCUUCCUCAACAACCACGCCCAGAUGCCCCACGCCCAGGGGCACAUGGCCGCGCCCGCCAACCACUUCAACCUCCAGCAGCACGCCCUCGCCCUGGGCAACUUGAACCAGACAAUCCUGCCCAGCCUGACCAUGACCGGCGGCCCAGACCAGCCUGCCCGGCCCCAGGGCGUGCCCCCCCUGCUCACACACCAGGGCUCGCUGCAAGACAGGGGCGCCGCUCGCGCAAGAACCGCCCAGCAGCUCGGCGAGGACGACAGCAUGUACAUCGACGACCCGGCCCGCCACUUGUACGUCAUGGAGAACGAGGAGUACAAACCCUUCAAGUGCCCCGUCAUUGGGUGUGAGAAGACGUACAAGAACCAGAACGGCUUGAAGUACCACCGCUUGCAUGGCCAUCAGAACCAGACCCUCAAGGAGAACGAGGACGGGACCAUCUCCAUCAUAGACCCGGAGUCCAACACCCCGUUCCUCGAUGGGGCUGGAAUGGAGAAAGACAAACCUUACAGAUGUGAAGUCUGUGGCAAGCGAUACAAAAACUUGAAUGGGUUGAAGUAUCAUAGGGGGCACACAACGCACUGAGAAGCGUCACUGCCUCCUGGUGGACCCAGGCUCGAGUGCCCUUCUCUUGCCUGGCACAAGCCUCAUAUUCUAGCAUUUCUGGUAUCCCCAGCCUGUUUGCAUAGCAUCCUCAAAGUGUGUUUUACUUGUUCUAUUUUUUUUUAUUUCGCCACACUUUCGAUUUAAGGUCUGGGAGGAUACUCAUACUCGGUCAUUUUGGAAAGGAAGCCCAUAAAUACACUGGCAGCAGUCGAAUGUUCAUAGAUUGUUAUAAACGUGGAUUUCACUUGCGGAGCAGACUUCGAGGACGCCGCUGCCAAAGCGCUCGCCGCGACACUGGUUUUCGGGCGUCCAUGGCGCCAGGCUCUUGCUCCGGGUUGGUUUCGUUUACCGCCAGUAGACUCUAUAUACAAAUGCGGCUGUACUAUUUAUUCGAUAUAUAUUUUUUUACUGCAUCAAUACUUCUUGUCGUCUG